UGCUGCGCCCAAGUCCGUCAAGUUCCGUCUCUCUCUAGCUCAACUGAACUGCUGCUGGACAUCGUCUGCAGAGACUCUCCGUUUAGUAAACAGUGCGGAAUAGUUUCCAUUAGCAACUUGAAAAACAUCCAACAUCCGAAAAAUAAAAAUAAAAAAGAAGAAGAAGAAGAAGAGCAGCCCCAUCGACUUUUGCAGAUGGAAGACCAGAUACAAACACUCGACGCAGCCGAGACGAUAGAAGAUGAGGUCGCAGCUUCCGAUUCGCCCAACGGCAAUCCAUGGCAGCGUCUUUUCAACAAGAUGCGCCACCAGCCAUCAACCACAGACGCUAUAGAUUUCUUCCUAUCGCCAGCGGGGGUUCACUGUUCAACCGACAAAGAAGACGAUUCAGUUGGCCAGUCAGAUGAUCCGAAUAACGUCCGUCUCGACAUCAGCGACUCGAUUCAUCAUUACUACCAGCCGGCGUUUUACUAUCCGGCCAGCUGGACAGGCCUGGUGACCAUCACGUCACAAAUUCCAGUGAGCCUCGAUGAAAAACUGGACGAUGUGACGCAAUUGUGGUCGCCGGAAGAAGACGGCCUUUACGUCGGCUCGCCGCCCAAAUGCUCCCGUCGCAGGUGGGAGAUUCUCGAACGGCGUCUGGUGACGACGACCAGUCAACAGCAGCAGCAGCAGCAGCAAACCACCAAAACAAAAUGGUUCCGCUCCGACGGAUCGCUGGCCGUUCUACCUGAUCCAUUACGCCCUUAUCUCAUCCGCAACAUCAUCCCGGUCCUGGAUUCUCCAGCCGACCAGUUUCGUCCAAUUUACCUUCCCAACGGCAAAUUAGUCGAGGGUCAAACGACGGCCGGUCCGUUUGCCGAGCGGCAGGUUUAUCCUCUGCACGUUUUCAUCAGCGGAAUAGAGUUCCAUCAUCACUGGCUGUUUGGCGUCGAAAAUGUUCUAGCGUCCCGACUGGGCCGACAGUGGGCCGAUUACUCCUCGACCUCGGCCGAUUCGGCGGCCAUCACCGCCGCCCAAAUGGACGUCCUGGCCCGCAAAUUGCGGGCCCUCUACCAAGCCCACGACGAGGCCGUCGAACUGGUCGAGCGGCUCCAAUUCAACGGAGCAGACGAGGCCGUUAUGGCCGCCCAGCUCCAGCGCAUCGCUUCCUACCGGGAGGCCAUUGGUUGGACCCGAGGGGACUACUACGCGGCCAGUGGCCGCCGAAUAGCAUUAGUCCGCUCAAUGAUGGCCGACUGGAAGCGCUUGAAAGACAUGCGCACCAGUCAGGGAUUCGCCUGCACCAGCUGUCAACUGUCGGACGGGCCAAAGAAGAAGAGGAAGAAUAAGAAUAAGAAGAAAAUGACAAGUGCUGCUGGUAGACUGGCCGCAGAAGAAGAUCAACACGAACAACAACCACCGCCACCGCCGCCACUCGAUUGGGAUGAAGAGAUGGAGCGACAGAUGGACGAAUCCCGUAGACUCUUCCGCGAGCACGUCCGCUCAGAGUCUGAUCGAUACAAGCGUCAAAAGGCACAAUGGAGGCACAAAAAGUCGACUCAGAGGACGAGUGCAAGUACCAGAAGUACCAGGAGGAGAAAAGAGAUGACGAAGCGAUCCGAUUCUUCUUCAUCUGAAGAAGAUGAAGAAGAAGAGGAGAAAAGAGAUGAAGAAAAAAGUGAAACUGACGACGAGCCGGAAGCGCCAGUGCAACGUCAAUUUGACGAGGAACAGACACGAGCAGAGAUCCUCAAAAGAAUGCAAGAAUCGCUCGUGCCACCUGGUGAGACGAUGCCUAACCUUUUGUGGACUCCCAACACUACCGCAAGUCCGUCUGAUGUCAGCGACGCUCGAGAACAGAGGAGGAUCGACGCAAUCAAGAAAUGCGUUUACCAGGUCAAGAUUCUAGUCAAUCAAGAAGAAAUGGCCGUUUCAGACGUCUUCCACUUGGCGGAAGACUUUACGGCGGAUGAGAUUCAACAGGCCUUUCAUCUGUGGAUCAGAGACAAACCGCGAAACAUUUCCAUCCAAUUGUUCUACAGAAUUCGGAACAAUCAGAAAAAAUGGAGUUUGCUGGCCGACGUAAACGUCCCCAUUCCAUCCGCAAAGACAAGUUUCGCCGGACAGCCGGAAACGCCAUUGAAAUUCAAAAGUGGUUUGGUUCAGCAACCCAUCGUCGAUCUCGCCAGCGUGGGUUGCGGAAUCAAACAACCGGGACGGGAAGAAGAUGGCGAAAUGUGGACGAAUGGAACGCUAACAAUCAAAACCGGAUGGGGGACAGACAAUCAGGGCAACGUUAUGGCGCCAAACAACAUCGAUCAUUUGCCAACAAUCAUUUCCGAGCCGUCAGAAUGGGUCAAUCCCAAAGUGCAACUGGAUCCAAACGAUCCUGCCAAUGCUGAGACGUUGGACAAGAUCGAAAAAAUGAACCGGCUGGAAUGGAGGGCCGGCAAAACGGUGGGGGAAGUCAUUAAAGAAGACGAUGGGGACACAUUCUGUUCCAAGGAGCAAUUCGAUUCCAACGUUCGUUUCCAGCUGCUCCGGCGACGGGCAGAUGAAAUUAAACCGUUCGGUCAUUUGACUAUGAUACCCAGUCGACCGGAUGAAAUACCCAAUCACUUGAUUCACUUGAUAGAUGGCAGUGCUAAAACGGGUUCGUCAUUCGAUCGGCUGGAAACGGAAGAGUCCGUCAAUCCGCUGGAUGCAUUAAGGCGAAGGGGUCAGCGAAAAUGGCUAGAAAUUUACCCAACAGUUGCCGAUCGACUAUCAUCUUCCAGCCAAAAAAGGCUCCAAUUAGCCGAUUUGGUCAUGGAAGAUCACAUUCCCGACAUCAGCACAUUUGGCGGCCAGUUGAUGCCCGUCUUCUUCAAAGCGCAUCGACCUCUACGUCCGGAAAGAAAAGAGCGAAAUCCUGUGCCACUUCUGGCCGGCCUGGCCAUCCAUACGACGGAGCAAGUCAGCCUGAGAGUCAACGUCAUCCGAGCGCUCAAUUUACCUCAUAAAAUCGAAAGAGAUUCAAUGGUCCACCCGUUUGUCGAAGUGUCUUUCCAAAAAUCCAGCGCUCGAACAACAGCUGGAAACGGUACCAGUCCCACCUGGAACCAAGAACUUUGUCUUCCAGUCAAUUUUGCGGAAGGAAUUCGUUCACUGGCUUAUUUGCAAUCCAUCCGAGACGAUUUGUUCAUUCAACUUUUUGACGAGGUUGUGGUCGAUAUUUUGGACGACGACCGUCAAAGGGAUGUGAGCGUCCACCAGCGGUACGAGAGGCACUGGCUGGGUGGUUUUAAAAUCCCGUUUCAAGUCGUCUGCAAGUGGAGCAAGAUCGAGGGCACGUUCGCGCUGAAUAUUCCAAUGGUGCCCAUCGGCUACGAGUACAACCACUACAAUCACGACGGACCACUUCUGACAGUUUUAAUUUCAAUUCACCCAGCCGUCAGUCCCCCCAGGAUCAAUCAGAUCAACGGACCAAGUAUGGAAGACCUGGGCUUCUUGGAAUACGUCAACGGAUGGCGGAGCGGAUUAAUCAAGGAAUUUCCAUUUCUGGACGGCCUCAUCAACCCGUUGGUUGUCAACGAAAAAGCUUUGACCGUCUACAUCGGUCGCUACCUGACUCCACUGGAACCGCCUGAACAACUCCAAGGUUCCAGUGACGAAGAGACUUUGAAAAACCUUUGCCAAUUCGUGGCAGCCAUACCGCAAGAACCAAAUAACCGGCCCAUUCUGACACCCAGGAUUUGGUUCACCUGUCAAACGGUGCUGGGAUGGCUGGUGGGCGGGGACGAAGAGCGGGCAAUACUUUUACACAACUACCUGGCCGCUCUCCAUUACGAGGUGUACGUUAUGCUGGGAAUGGCAGUGCCCGAAGGAGAGACGGCCUUUGUCCUUUAUCGUAAUAAAACCAACCAGACGAUGCGAGUCAUCAAUCCUUCAACCGGAAUCACAACAAACGUCACAGAUCCCACGGGCGCCAUGCAACAAGUCUGGGCUUUAUUCAACCAAAACGACUUUUGGGUCAACACUCACACCAAAGUCCACCCGAGUCAACUGCAAUAUCAAGUGACAAAAUCAGCCGAUUGGCGGCCGUUGUUCUCACGCAAAUUCCCCAAUCCUCGACUGACAACCAUUCAGACACCAGAGAGGCUGGUCUACCCAGCAACAAACAACAAAGACGUCCGGCAAUUGGAAGAGUCCGUCGUUGACCAUCUCAAACAGUCCUUCAUGAAGUGGAGGAAAACUGUUAGGACGAAAUGGAACAGACAUGCCGGCCAAGUCUUUCGUGAAAUUCUGACCCAAGCGGCCCAAGGAGACUUGACGCCCACAUCAGACAACUUGGAAGAAUUAUUGGAAACGUACAAAGUUUUUGGAGUCCCGCUCAAAACGGCCUAUGUGGACUUGGAAGGACUUGGCGAUAUGCUCUAUGCAACGGGCCUUCACCGACAUCACGGCUACGAAUUCGCCCUGUCAGUUUUCAUCAAAUCGUAUCCUAAUCAUCUGCUACAUGUUUUCAUAUUUGGAGCUUACUUGGAAAAUCUCUAACCCACUAAAUAAGUUCUUUAGCUAAAAAAAAAACGCAAUAAUAAACUUAAAAUUCGCCGAAUAACGAAUUUUUCGUUAUUUCUCGGCCAACAAAUGGCAUUUGGAAUCAAGUAGCCUGAAAAGUUGAAA